GCUGCUGUAGCAGGAGGAGGCGGAGGAGGAGGAGAAGAGCAUGACUCUGACGUGGAAUGUUUCCGUAAAGAGAGACGAUGAAGGAGUAGCAGCAGCAGCGUGUAGCUCGACCGCCAUCCCCGUAUUGCACAGUUGAAUCGAGACGGGACCGAGCCCCUGAGCCCCCCCCCCGAGUCCGAGCUGGGUUGACGGGAGUUGACAGACGACGGUCCCCCCUCCGCAGACUGACCCCUCGCUGUUCCCCCUGCCUCCCUCCGCUCCGCUACAGUCAUGAUAAGAGCCAUCUUAAUAUUCAACAACCAUGGGAAACCGAGGCUUUCUAAGUUCUACGAGCAUUAUAGUGAAGACACGGAGCAACAGAUCAUCAGGGAAACCUUCCACUUGGUCUCAAAAAGAGAUGAGAACGUCUGCAAUUUCCUAGAAGGCGGAAUGGUUAGGGUGUCAGAUCAUGCUCCGGGCAGAGCGCAACGUCCUAUGUUGAUCGGAGGAUCAGACUACAAGCUGAUCUACAGACAUUAUGCCACACUGUACUUUGUGUUCUGUGUGGACUCCUCAGAGAGUGAACUAGGAAUUCUAGACUUAAUCCAGGUAUUUGUGGAGACGCUGGACAAAUGCUUUGAGAAUGUCUGUGAGCUUGACCUAAUUUUUCAUGUAGACAAGGUCCACAACAUCCUAGCAGAGAUGGUGAUGGGCGGGAUGGUCUUGGAGACCAAUAUGAAUGAAAUCAUCAUGCAGGUGGAUGCUCAGAACAAGAUGGAGAAGUCUGAGGCCGGCAUUGCAGGAGCGCCUGCUCGUGCCGUAUCGGCUGUAAAGAACAUGAACCUCCCGGAAAUGCCCAGAAACAUCAACAUUGGUGACAUCAGCAUAAAAGUGCCAAAUUUACCCUCCUUCAAAUAGUGGCAGUGACGUCCUGAGCCUGCAGAUGUCAGCCAAUGUUUACCAUGAUGCAACCUGUUUACCAAAACCUCGAAUUACUAACUACUAUCAAAACUAUACAUGAAUUGAAGGUACUGGUGGUUUGUCACUCCUUGUUCUGGUGUUAUCACUCUGUUUCUCCUGUUAUAGAACAGGACAUUUUACAUGUUUGUUUUCUCUUUUUUUCUGUUGGAAGGAAAAUUUAAGUAUUUAUUUAUCAGUGGUACAUUCCUUUCUGCCUCGCUGGAGGUUGGACCUCGCCGUUCAGCUGCUACAGUACAGAUCUAGUGUUUACUUAAAAUGUGACAGGUAAUGAAGUUUUGGAGCAGUCUAUUUCGUUUGGUUAUUCAGGCAAGAGAAAUCAACCAGUGGAGGAAACUGGAAAUGAAACCAUUUCAAAUACCAAAAUGGAGCAAGUCUGCUACAGUGUUGAAAUUCACAUGUUUUUUUGCUUGUUUGUAAAAUCAGUUCAAACAAUAAAGAAUAUUAUUAUAUUGCUGUGUUACAGAAACAUGGAUAUUAUAUAUAUAUAUAUGUAUAUGCUGAAACGAAAAUUCCUUUUCUUGUUUGUAUGCAAAACUAUUUUUAAAUGAUUUAUCAUGUCUUAUCAAACGAUUCUCUCAAUUUCAAUCUGUGCAUGUUUCUUUUCUUUUUCAACAUAAUAAACUGUCAAAACUC